AUGCUCGAAACCGAUCACAAUAAAGCCUUUGCUAAGACAAUGGCUCAGCACAAGAGUUUCUCUUCCUCUCCUCCAUCUCGUUCUUCAGUUUUAAACCGUUACAUCUCUCUCCUAAAUGGUUUCCUCUUCAUAGUCUCUAUCCUCCUUCUCCUCGGUGUGUUCUUGCCCUGGUCAGGAUCUGCCUUAUUCCCGUUUCAAAACACAAUCUCUUCUUCUUUGCCAUCUAACUGGCGCGACUAUUCCCUCUCUCAAGCGGCUGAGUUUGUCGCUAAGGACGGGACUGUGAUCGUCUGCGCUGUUAGCUAUCCCUUCUUGCCUUUCCUAAACAACUGGUUGAUUAGCGUUUCUAGACAGAAGCAUCAGGACAAAGUCCUCGUGAUCGCUGAGGAUUACGCUACUCUUUACAAGGUUAACAAGAAAUGGCCUGGUCACGCCGUUCUCAUUCCUCCAGCGCUCGAUUCUCAGACCGCACAUAAGUUCGGUUCUCCGGGUUUCUUCAACUUCACGUCACGGAGGCCGCAACAUCUCUUGCAACUUUUGGAGCUAGGUUACAGUGUCAUGUACAACGAUGUCGAUAUGGUCUGGUUGCAAGAUCCGUUUCAGUAUUUAGAAGGAAGCCACGACGCAUACUUCACCGAUGAUAGGACUACAAUUAAGCCUUUGAAUCAUUCUCAUGAUUUACCAUUACCGGAUCGAAAUGGAGUGACUUAUAUAUGUAGCUGCAUGAUUUUCUUGCGUCCCACGAAUGGCGCAAAGGUUCUGAUGAAGAAAUGGAUUGAUGAACUUCAUGCUGGUUCUAAAGCAUAUGAAGGAAAUGAUCAGCCUGCUUUUAAUUGGGCACUUAACAAAACAGCUCACCAGGUAGAUGUCUACUUGCUUCCUCAGGCAGCUUUUCCAACAGGAGGAUUGUACUUCAAGAAUGAGACAUGGGUUAAAGAGACGAAGGGGAAACAUGUCAUAAUCCAUAACAACUACAUUAUUGGUUACGACAAUAAGAUGAAACGCUUCCAAGACUUUGGUCUAUGGCUUGUGGAUGAUCAUUCUCUUGAGUCCCCACUCGGAAAAUUAGAGUGAACUUGAAUUGUUUGUUAUAUGUGAAUGUUAGUUAUAUGGCCAAUUCAA